UGUUCACCUGUCUGGCUGUAUGGAAACGACCGGCACUCCGGUGAGAGGCGGCGGGAGGGGGACGGAAUCUCUCGGACUCCGUCCCAGGCGCUCUGCGGCCCUGCCUCUCCGCAAAGCAGCGGGGCCGUCCGUGCGCCCCUGUGCCCCGCUGUGCACCGCCGGGUCCUCGUUCCGGCUCGCCCUCCUGGUCCUGGUCCUGGGCCUGGGCCUGCUGCCGACCUGUGCCGGGGCAGCGGACUGCGUUUGGAAUCUGAAGAAUGCCUUCUCUCUUGGCUACACAUUCAAUUUCUCUGCCAGUGGACUGCCACUGUGUGCGGUUGAAGCUAUGGUCAAUGGGAGCUGUAUUCCUUAUACCUGUAACGGUCUGAAGGCCAAACUCAAUGGUUCCCUGGAGAUGAUGUGGAAUGUCAGAGAGACCCUGAAUCAACAGUGUGAACGUUGUGUGGAUGUGGUGGAAGAGCUCCAAAGCUCACUGCUGUACAAUGAACCAGACUUUGUUCUUUCCUCUGUGCAGGGCGUCAUGAGGUGUCAGCAGGAAUCCGAUGGAAGCUGGAGUCCAUUGUUGCACCUUUACUACAAGAAACAGAGAUGUCUCCGCAUUGGCCCCCUCAUAGGCAAAAAGGUCAAACCUUGGAAAUCCCGUAAUCGUAAUUGCAGAUACUUAAAGAACUUGGUGGACAGUCCUAUGAACAAUGUUGUUCGAAUCUCAAGUGAAGUUUGUGCGAUGUGGCCGAAUCAGAGCACAGUUCCGGACCCAAAAGCAGAAGAUGCUGCUCAAAAGGUCCCGUGAGUGUGGUCCAGGGCAGCUCGUGUCCUUGUGGUCGGCUGCCUUUCCGUCAUCUCCAGCGGCUCAGCUGUUGACCCCCAGGAGCUGCACUUCUUCCAGCGAGUGGCAAGACCUCCCGAAGGUCACAGCAAUA